AUGAACACAGGACGUACAGGUGUAGAUACUCCGGCCGCUGCUCCUGCGAGGAGAAGAGAUGAUCCCAGUGGGUCCAGGGGCAAUACUCCUGCUGGAGGUGUCCGAGCAAAGCCACGCAAGAAACCUAAACCAUCUUCCUCACCCACACCUCGAGUCGGACCCAUCCCAGCUCCCUACCUCGCCUUGGCUCCUACACCCAUAUCAUCUUUAUCGGCAUCUACCAUCGACCAGCUCGCAGCUACUGCAGCCACCACAACUUCGAACUUGAUAUUGCCAUCAUCAUACGUGCGUUCAUCUCAGGAAAGACGCAAUAAGUCAACACCGAAUUUGAACACUGCUGGAGAGGGGGAAGGCGAAGCUGGACCAUCUAGUAGACCAGCUAACAGCAGACAGCAGCAGCAGAAAUACGUCACUUCACUCUUAUCUCCUCCGACCAUCAUCCCAGGUGGGACAUCUUCUACACCCCGUAUACAAUCUACUCAACCACAGGCUCCACCCAAUACCAGGCGUAGGUCAGGUGAAAGAGCAAGAGAGGGUAUAAGCACGAGACGAUCUCAAGAGAGGCUGAGGGAGUUGGUAAUUGGUAAUCCAAGUUUGACAUCUCUAGGACAGUUGGGUCAGAUACUUGAAUCUGGACAUUUGCCUGAAGAGACAAACGAAGAGAGCGAUUUGGCUCGAGCUCAACAGGAUGUGCAAGCACAAGCGCAAAGAAGACGAAGGAGGAUAGUGAGAGGAGAUACCGCUGAGACCAGUGGUGUCAGGAGGAGAUUGACAGUCAGCUCGAGGGAGGAAGGGAGAGCACUCGGUCUGGCUAGGGGAGCAAGUAUGAGGAGAACAAAUGUUUGGGAUGAUAUUCCGGAAGCUGGCGAACCACCACCGCCUUUCCCUUUUCCUACGCCGUCUACUGCACGUCUCCCUCCUGCGUUCGGUGCGACUCCUGGUACGGCCAACCCACCUCAAUCUCUACCCGAUGAAAGACCGCGAUCGCCACCUCCUUCAUUCGAAAUGGCCAUUGGCCUUUCUACUGCUCCCUCCCCAGCAAUUCCAUCUUCUUCGUCCACCCCGUCAACCCCACGGGCAGAAGCUCAACGUCCGAUUCUGACGGUAUCCACCAGCAUACCACAAGUUAAUGACCCCGAUUCCGCGGAUCCUACGGAAGAAUCACCUUCCUCGACACACUAUGCCUCCGCGCCUUCUUCGCCUACGCACACAGUGAUAGGCUUUGAGGACAUACGGGCGUCUGAAAGGACCAAAAGGGAAGAAAGGGAUGACAGGAAAGCAUGGAAUGACGAUUUGUUGGCUGGAUAUACACUCGAAGAACGAGUCAGGAGAGAGAUGGAGAGGAGGAAAGGCAGGGAAGUGAUCAAGCACAAUGGUGAGGACGAGGUAAGUAGCGAAAGGAGUGAAGAGACUGAAGGCGUGGAAGUAUCGGUCCAAGACGAAUUUCCUUUAGCGCCGGAAUCGAGUGGGCCCACGGGCACCGAAGAUAUACACGACGCGGACAGGCCCUCGUCGAGAUUGGAUGAAAAUCUAGAGUACAAGCCUGAAACAUCAAUUCCUCGCGCUGGGGAAGAAACCCCGGUCAUCACGAAUGAUCAUGGCCCAUCAUCCGAGCACACACAAUUGAUGAAAGACGAGACGAAUGUAUCAGAUGAAAAGCUCAAUAAUCCUUCCGCCGUUUCACCAUCCACGUCUGACAACGACAAGGUGCCAAAUGUCCCAGCACGGUCAAGUGACGCUGCGAGUAUUUCAACAUCAGGCGUCUCUUUUGACACCCAGUCUGCGAUACAGCAGAGCGAAGAAGGAAGUUCUAGCAAGAUGGAAACAGCAGCUCAAUCUGUAUCUCCGGAAAAGACCGUGGAGGAUUCGCUCAAAGUACAAGCGCCUCCCGUCCAGGCGAUCAUAGCCGAACAUGCUGCCCCAACCACCACUCCUCUUCUUCCAGCCUCUCAAGAAGGAGUACAGGACCAGAGCAAUACAAUCAAGACGCCUAAGCGCAGAAAACCGACCCGAAGCUCAACGGUUGAAACCGAAUCAUCACCCAACGCAUUCUCGUCACUGAACGUAAAGAGACUAUCGGUACCCGAGUUCAGUCCAUUCCGACCGCAGCUGGAUCGAGCUCUUUCCCACGAACCUUUGUUCAGUAAGCAUGGCUGGAAUGGCAGUCCUGAGCUUGAAUCUUCUGCUCAUCUGGGUACCACACUUGGCAACGAUCAGGCUUCGGAGAAUACCAGCGAACGACCUAUCGACCAAGCUGUUAGAAAUGCUUUACCAGCAAAGUCUUCUUUACCUCCCAGUCGUGAAGCUGCAUUGAAAAGACGAAAUCUCGAAUCAAAAUCACCCAAACCCGACGUGCCCCCUUCUGCUUCAAUGAGUCUAUCCAAACCCAAGACGAAAGUGAAGAUAGUUGAACAAAAACCUAUAUCAGGUCCUCUGAUCAAUUUCGAUACUCCCUCUCCUUCACCUCCCGGUUCCGUAAUAUCGACCUCACAAACUGAUCAAAGAGAAAGACCUACUUCCUCUGAUAUAUCGGCCUUGGCAGCUUCGAGCGCUGAGCUAUUGACGUUACUGGAACUGCAAGAUCAGAUCUUUGAACCAAAUGACGCAGAACCAAUAGCCGAAAGCUCGGCUCAAGGAGCUGCCAGGAUGGCUAGGAAGCCCCCUCCUCCACCGCCGAAGAGAAAGAUAAACCCAGGGGUAACACGGAGGGUACCACCACCUUUACCUAAAGGUCAAGCGCAAUCUCCGCCAGCGAAGAACAACCUUGAGGAGACAUCUUCACCUAGUAUUGAGUCUGGACGUCCGGCUAUAGCUCCUCGUCGCGCACCUCCACCAAUUCCACCUCGCUUGAAUCUCAUAACCAAACAGCCACCUCCGCUACCUCCUCGUGUGAACCCCAAUCGCGAUAAACCCUCAUUUCCACCGCCCAUGUCUCCAUCAGCAGAAUCCGACGACACCAUCAAAGCUUCCUCGCCUGCUAUAGCUCCUCGACUCAGUCUGACUGGCCAAAGUCCAGGGCACGUCAAGCCUAAAGGACCUAGACCUCGUCCGCCGCCACCUAGAGCAAGGCAGACCAGUUGGUUCAAGGGAUUUUCGCCUUUUACCUCCCGCCCUUCCGAGCCGAAUCUCGAGCAACUCAAUCCAGCUACUGUAGAUAUCGUCUCGGAUAUACCAUCGUCGAUUAGACCUAAUAACGAUAGGGCUCGAUCGGAUUUCCCGCAUUUAAUCUCACCCGUAGAGGCAGAGGCCAAGCAAGAGGAGAGGGAAAGGGUCAUCGAAAGAUCCUCAUCAGCCAUGAAUCUUGGAGCUUCAGAGUCUAGUCCUUCAAAUACCAACUCUGUUCGUCAACCAGAAUCACCUGUCCAACCUCAGGCGCCCUUGCCUUUAUCGGACGUAGGUCAGUCUAGUGGUGAAGCAGAGGAAGUAAGGAGAGAAUGGACAGAUUUAGAUUUACUCGUAUCUCGUAUUCAGGAUUUACCUUCGGAUCAAACAGGUGUCUAUGAAGGAUAUACACAGAUCAGUCAAUUUUUAGGACCAUCAAAAUCUCAAGCUGCCACUCCUGCAGCCCUCGCAAAUUUAUUGCCCGGUUUGAUCAAUGUGGAUUCACGACGGACUACUCCUCAGGGGAAAGUCAAAUUGAAAUUAUCACUUUUGGGUUUACGAGUAUCGAAGUGUGGAAUUUGUUUGUCGCAAUUCAAAGCUGGAGAAAAAGGGGUGAUGUUACCUAUGUGCUCUCAUGUAGGACAUGAGAGUUGUGCGAGGAGAUGGUUUAGGGAGAGAGGAAGUUGUUGGGUUUGUAGGAUGGUUCUACCUGAGGAGUAG